CCAGAAGCGCCAAAAAUGAAGACCGCCAAAGAGAUCGAAAGAGACCUCAAAAAGGCCGAGAAGCUCGCCAAGUUCGAGGCAAAAAAGAAGAAGCAGGACGCGGCCAAGACCGCCGCGGCCACCACCGCCAAGCCAAAGAAGGAAAAGAAGGUCGAGGAGCCAGUGCCACAAUUUGUGGACCAGACCAAGCCAGGCGAGAAGAAGAUCUUGAUUCCCUUCGAAGAUCCUUCCUUUAAGGCCUACAACCCACAAAACAUCGAGUCCUCUUGGUACUCGUGGUGGGAUUCGCAGGGUUUCCAUGCCCCCGAGUUCACUGCCUCCGGUGAUAUCAAGCCAGAGGGCGCGUUCACCAUCCCAGCACCACCGCCAAACGUCACCGGUGCCUUGCACAUCGGACACGCGUUGACCAUCGCCAUCCAGGACACCUUGAUUAGAUACAACCGAAUGAAGGGCAAGACCACGUUGUUCAUUCCAGGCUUUGAUCAUGCCGGUAUUGCUACCCAGUCCGUCGUUGAGAAGCAGUUGGCGAAGCAGGGCUUGAGCAGACACGACUUGGGUCGUGAAAAGUUUGUUGAGAAGGUCUGGGAGUGGAAAGAGGAGUAUCAUGGCAAGAUCAAGAACCAGGUUAAGAAACUUGGUGCGUCCUACGACUGGACCAGAGAGGCGUUCACCUUGGACGACGCGCGUUCUGAGGCCGUUGUCGAGGCUUUUGUUCGUCUCCACGAUGACGGAACCAUCUACAGAGCGUCCCGUUUGGUCAACUGGUCCGUCAAGUUGAACACUGCCAUCUCUAACUUGGAGGUUGACAACAAGACCGUUCCAGGCAGAACUUUGUUGGCCGUGCCAGGCUAUGAUGAGAAGAUCGAGUUCGGUGUGUUGACCUCGUUCGCCUACCAGGUCGAAGGCUCUGACGAGAAGUUGGUUGUCGCUACCACCAGACCGGAAACCAUCUUCGGUGACACCGGUGUGGCUGUACACCCAGACGACGCCAGAUACAAGCACUUGCACGGAAAGUUCGUCUUCCACCCAUUCUUGGACAAGAAGAUCCCUAUUGUCUGCGACAAGGAGGCAGUUGACAUGGAGUUUGGUACCGGUGCUGUCAAGAUCACUCCCGGCCACGACAACAACGAUUACGCCACCGGUAAGCGCCAGGGCCUCGAGGUGGUCAACAUCUUGACCGACGACGGUUUGUUGAACGAGAACUGUGGCGAAUGGGAAGGCAUAAAGAGAUUCGACGCCAGGGCCAAGGUCAUUAACUCUUUGAAGAGCAAGGGCUUGUUCGUUGAACAGCAGGACAAUGAGAUGACCAUCCCGACCUGCUCGAGAUCCGGCGACAUUAUCGAGCCGUACUUGAAGCCGCAGUGGUGGGUGUCUCAGAGCGACAUGGCUAAGGAAGCCAUCAAGGCCGUCAGAAGCGGUGCCAUCACCAUCACUCCGAAGUCCUCCGAGUCUGAGUACUUCCACUGGAUGGAAAACAUCCAGGAUUGGUGUAUUUCCCGUCAGUUGUGGUGGGGCCACAGAUGCCCGGUUUAUCUUGUGAAGAUGGACGGCUCAGAAGAUGACAACUCUUUGGACAACAACUACUGGGUCGCUGGUAGAUCGUUGGAGGAAGCCCAACAGAAGGCCAACAUCAAGUUCGCGGGCAAGAAGUUCACCUUGGAACAGGAUGAGGAUGUGUUGGACACCUGGUUCUCCUCCGGGUUGUGGCCGUUCACCACUGUCGGCUGGCCUAACACCCAGGCCGAAGACUUUAAGCGCUUCUACCCGUUGUCCAUGUUGGAGACCGGUUGGGAUAUUUUAUUCUUCUGGGUUUCCCGUAUGAUCUUGUUGAGUUUGAAGUUGACCGGCGAGAUUCCUUUCAAAGAGGUCUUCUGCCAUUCAUUGGUCAGAGAUGCCCAGGGCAGAAAAAUGUCCAAGUCUUUGGGCAACGUUGUGGAUCCUUUGGAUGUUAUUGCCGGGAUUCCGUUGCAGCAGUUGCACGACAAGUUGAAGGGCGGUAACUUGGACCCAAGCGAGCUUAUCAGGGCCGAGGAGGGCCAGAAGCAAUCAUAUCCAAACGGUAUUCCAGAGUGCGGUACUGACGCCUUGAGAUUCGCCUUGUGUGCCUACACUACCGGUGGCAGAGAUAUCAACUUGGACAUUAUGCGUGUCGAAGGCUACCGUAAGUUCUGUAACAAGAUCUACCAGGCUACCAAGUUUGCGUUGAUGCGUCUUGGCGACGACUACGUGCCACCGGCUGCCAAGGGCUUGACCGGCAAGGAGUCUUUGGUUGAAAAGUGGAUCUUGCACAAGUUGAACAUGACCAGCAAGUCUGUCAACGACGCGUUGGAUGCGCGUGACUUCCUCACUUCCACCACCGCCAUCUACGACUUCUGGUACGACUUGUGUGACGUCUACAUCGAAAACUCCAAGUACUUGAUCUUGGAGGGUUCCGAGGAGCAGAAGAAGUCUGCCCGUGACACCUUGUACACCUGUACCGACGGUGCGUUGAGAUUGAUCCACCCAUUCAUGCCGUUCCUCACCGAAGAGAUGUGGCAGAGAUUGCCAAAGCGCGCUUCGGAGACUUCCGAGACCAUCGUCACGGCUGCUUACCCAGUGUACAGCGCCUCCAUGGAUGACUCCGAGGCUUACAAGUCUUAUGAGAUGGUGUUGGAAAUCACCAAGGGUGCUAGAUCCUUGUUGUCCCAAUACAACAUUUUGAAGAACGGUCAGAUCUUUGUGGAGGCCACCACCAGCGAGAUCUACACUGUCGCCUCCAAGCAGCAGGACUCCAUUGUCUCUUUGAUUAAGGCCGUCGAGCACAUUACCGUUGUCAAAGAUGCCUCCCAGGUUCCAGAGGGCUGUGCCUUGCAAUCCGUUACUCCAGAGUGCAGCGUCCACGUUUUGGUCAAGGGCCAGGUCGACAUCGGUGCCGAGAUCGCCAAGAUUCAGAGUAAGUUGGCCAAAGCCGCCAAGGCUAAGGAAGCCAUUGUCAAGACUAUCAACGGUAAGGACUAUGCUGAAAAGGCCUCUGAUUCCGCCAAGGAGUUAAACCAGACCCGUCUCGAAGCUACCGUCGCUGACAUCGAAACAUUGGAAGCUACCAUCUCCAACUUGGAGCGUCUUAAGUUGUAG